AGCAGCUGCGCUGAGCUCACCUCCCUCCCCGCCCAUGGGCUGGCCGGCUGGGCUCCUCUCCCUCCCCCACUGUGGGAACGCGGCAGCAGCUAGCAGCUUUCCCGCAGCUCGCUUUACCCCUCCCAAGCAAGCGCCCGCCACUAGUCGCUAGAGAGAGAGAACAACCGCACUUAAUUACCACACACUUUCUCUCUCCGUCCCAUCGAUCCCUCUCCCAGCCCCAGCCUGCCUCCUCUUCCUCCGACGCGUCGCGCGGCGGAGAUCGAUCCGGCUCCAAGCGGGCGCGGUCAAUGCGAAGGCCAGAGGGAGGCAGAUGAAUCGCUUCCCGUCCCCUCCCGAUCGGCCGUGUCGUGCUAGCUAGCUGCCGAGUCAAAUUCACCCACAGCCAGAGGAGAGAGAAGGGGAGGGAGACAGACAGAUAGGGGCGUGGUAGAUAUAGAUAGGCUCAUCGGGGAUAGAUCCCCCGCCUCCUCUUCACUCUCCCCAGCAAGCAACCAAGCCAGCCUCCACCCCGCCUCCGCCGCGCGCGCCUGGACCGCGUCGUGUCGAAGCCGCCGCAACAGGGACGCCCGGGCCGCUCCAAAGGGAAGGCAUCCAAGCAGGACGAAGAGGAGGCCGCGUAGGCGGUAGAUAUGGAGUUCGCGAGCUCUUCCAGUAGGUUUUCCAAAGAGGAGGACGAGGAGGAAGAGCAGGAGCCGGAGGAGGAGGAGGAGGACGAGGAGGCGUCCCCGCGAGAGAUCCCCUUCAUGACAGCGGCUGCGGCGGCCAGCAGCACGGGAGGAGGGGCCGCCUCGUCGUCGUCCUCGCCCACCGCGGCGGCCUCCGCGUCCGCGUCGGGCUCGGCCGCCCUCCGCUCCAGCGACGGCGCCGGGGCGUCCGGGAGCGGCGGCGGCGGCGACGACGUGGAGGUGAUCGAGAAGGAACACAUGUUCGACAAGGUGGUGACGCCCAGCGACGUGGGGAAGCUCAACCGGCUGGUGAUCCCGAAGCAGCACGCGGAGAAGUACUUCCCGCUGGACGCCGCGGCCAACGAGAAGGGCCUCCUGCUCAGCUUCGAGGACCGCGCCGGCAAGCUCUGGCGCUUCCGCUACUCCUACUGGAACAGCAGCCAGAGCUACGUCAUGACCAAGGGCUGGAGCCGCUUCGUCAAGGAGAAGCGCCUCGACGCCGGGGACACCGUCUCCUUCUGCCGCGGCGCCGGCGACGCCGCGCGGGACCGCCUCUUCAUCGACUGGAAGCGCCGCGCCGAUUCCCGCGACCCGCACCGCAUGCCGCGCCUCCCGCUCCCCAUGGCGCCCGUCGCCUCGCCGUACGGCCCCUGGGGAGGCGGCGCGGGUGGCUUCUUCAUGCCGCCCGCGCCGCCCGCCACACUCUACGAGCACCACCGCUUCCGCCAGGGCCUCGACUUCCGCAACAUCAACGCCGCCGCGCCGGCCAGGCAGCUCCUCUUCUUCGGUUCUGCCGGCAUGCCCCCGCGGGCGUCCAUGCCGCCGCCGCCGCCGCCUCCACCUCUGCACAACAUUAUGAUGGUGCAGCCCAGCCCCGCGGUCACGUCGGGUCUGCCCAUGGUUCUCGACUCCGUACCGCUCGUCAACAGCCCGACGGCGGCCGCCAAGCGCGUGCGCCUCUUCGGAGUCAACCUCGACAACCCGCAACCGAGCACCGGCGAGUCAAGCCAAGACACCGACGCAUUGUCGCUGAGGAUGCCGGGAUGGCAGAGGCCGGGGCCGUUGAGGUUCCUCGAAACGCCUCAACACGGCGGCGCCGUUGCAGCUGGCGCCGAGUCCUCUGCAGCCUCGUCGCCGUCGUCAUCGUCCUCCUCCAAGAGAGAAGCGCACUCGUCACUGGAUCUCGAUCUGUGACCGGUCCCAGAUCGAUCAGGCCACCUCGAUCGAUUCGGAGCGUACAAAAGGAAAGUUGAACAAUUCUUCCUUCCGCCUGCUACCUUCUUCUUCAUCUUCUUCACCUUUUGGGAUUCCAUUAUAACUUAUGAUAGGAUUUAGCUUCUUAACAUUUUGUUUUCCAAUUUUUGUUUCGGCCAUUCAAAUUCUUGUGUUGGCUUGACAAUAUAUAGAGAGAAGUUAGUCGAAUUAAUCAAUUUUUAAUGCUUUCAUAUGGUUUCCAAAUCUGACUCAGUUUUUGCUUCGCCUCUA